UGAUAGGACCACAGCCAGCAGCCAGUUCAGAUCCUCAGCAUCGCUACUCGAAGCGUCAGCUCCCAUCCGAGCGGACCUGGCCAAGCUGCCCGGGUCUUCACUGACCAGCAGCGGGCUCUCUGCCGCAUUUCUGGGGUGUAACCAGGCUUUGAGAGAGUGCAGCCCAUGUGUAUUUGUACACUUGUGUGUUUGCGGGCAUAAGGACGGGAGGACCGAGCGAUGUCUUCGCCGAGUUUCACAAACCUGAACAGCUCCGUCAGCUACAGCCAGAACUCGACGCCGAAUGGUGGAGCUGCGCCCCCCUACCAGAAUGGUCCAGCGCAGACAUACCAAUCCAUGUAUUCAGCUACAGGCUGCUAUGGAGCCCCUCCUCAGCAACAGAGCUAUCCCACCAUCCCUGCCCACUCCGCUCCUGCUCCCACCAAAGCACCCAUUACGAACAGUGCCCAUAGUGCUAACUACUACCAGAGCAACCAUCAGCAGCAGCACCACCACCACAUCCUCCCUCAGCAUCAUGUAGCACCCUCCCCAUACAGUGCUCCCAUGAGCUCUGUCCCUCCUUCUCAGCCCUAUGCCACCCCCCCCUCUUCAGGACCACCACCAUCAAACAUCCAGUACAACCAGCAGCAGCAACAUCCACCAUAUGCCACUCCGGGUUCCUACUAUGGACAGCAGUCUUACCACACUCCCCCAGUACAGCAUCCCCGACACCAGCAGCAGCACCAGCAGCAGAAGCAGCAGCCCAGUGCGGUGCUUGCGCCAGCUGGUGGCCCUGGAGUGCCCCUCUACCCUAUUGUUUCAUACCCAUCUCCACCAGGAAGUAGCCAGUAUGGCACCCUGAGUUCCUCCCAGAGCACCUCCACUCCUGGUGUCAUGCCUACUCAGGUGGGCGCCCCCCUUCAUCAGUACAGCACCUCUCAGCCAGCCUCCACAACAGCGAUGCAGCCUGGGUAUAGUGUGGCUCCACCCAGUCAGCUGGUGCCUGCAGUUAAUGGGCAAGGAAACACAGUCCACCAACACUAUGGCCAAAGCCAUCAGACAUCUCUGGGCUAUGACUCCUAUGGCGGGGCCACUCACAGCAGUGGUGGCACUGAUGUAGACCGCCCACCCUCAGGAACCCCCUCCACUUCAGUUCAUUCCUCGCCGGGCCGCCACCAAGGCAUGCAGUAUGGAUAUGUUGCUAAUAGUGGAGCUAGCGCUGCCUCUGCCACCACCUCAGGUCCGGCCACAGCCCCCUCGUCAUCCAGCUCUGAUGAUGAUGAUGAUGAUGAGGAGGAGGAUGAGGAAGCAGGUGGUGACACUUCCUCUUCCUCCACUGGCAGCGCCUCUCCGGUGCCCAACAGCUAUGAUUCCCUGGAAGGAGGUAACUAUCCAGAUUCCAUGCCGCCUUCCAACAAUAUGACCAACCAGGCUGCUCCCUAUGGUAGCUAUGGUUACCCUAGCAUGCAGUCAGCCUAUCGACAGGGGCCAGCCUCCCACACUGAGUCUUCCCCUUCCCAUGACCUGUAUGGCCAGUCGAGCUACAAGCAAUACUCCCAGCCAUUCCCAAACCUGUCCCAGCUCUCUGCAGCCCUCGGGGGGCUGAGCGGGGUGCCAGAGCUGGAGGUGGAAGCCCUGAGGCCUGUUAACCUGCUGCAGGAGAGGAACCUGCUGCCCCCGAGGCCUCUCGAAGCCCCCGAACCCAACCUCAGUCCUGAGCUCAAGAAGGUCAACUGUAGUCCGCAGACAUUCAGGUGUACCCUGACUAGCAUCCCUCAGACCCAGGCUUUACUCAACAAGGCCAGGCUCCCUCUGGGCCUCCUCCUCCACCCCUUCAGAGACUUACAGCAGCUGCCUGUGAUCACAUCAAACACGAUAGUGCGCUGUCGCUCCUGUCGCACCUACAUCAACCCGUUUGUCACCUUCCUGGACCAGCGCAGGUGGAAGUGCAAUCUCUGUUACCGGGUCAAUGAUGUUCCUGAUGAGUUUAUGUACAACCCGGUCACUAGGUCAUAUGGUGAGCCCCACAAGAGACCGGAGGUCCAAAACUCCACUGUGGAGUUCAUUGCCUCCUCUGAUUACAUGCUGCGACCUCCUCAGCCAGCAGUCUACCUGUUUGUUCUCGAUGUGUCUCACAAUGCUGUGGAGGCGGGCUACCUUAAGUACUUCUGUGAAUCGCUUCUGGAGAACCUGGAUAAGUUGCCUGGGGAUACACGCACCAAAGUGGGCUUCCUCACCUUCGACAACACCAUCCACUUCUACAACCUGCAAGAGGGACUGUCCCAGCCCCAGAUGCUGGUGGUGUCAGACAUAGACGAUGUCUUCAUACCGUCCCAUGACAGUCUAAUGGUGAACCUAAAGGAAAGCAAGGAGCUGGUGAAGGACCUGCUGACAUCGCUGCCGGCCAUGUUCAGCCAGAGCAGAGAGACCCACAGCGCCCUCGGCCCGGCGCUGCAAGCCGCCUUCAAGCUCAUGUCGGCCACCGGGGGCCGCGUCACAGUAUUUCAGACCCAGCUGCCGACACUGGGUGCUGGUGCGCUGCACUCAAGGGAAGACCCCAACCAGCGCUCGAGCACAAAGGGAGUCGUGCACCUCGGCCCGGCCACAGACUUCUAUAAGAAACUCGCCCUCGACUGCUCGGGUCAACAAAUUGGGGUGGAUCUUUUUCUGCUCAGCUCCCAGUAUGCUGACCUCGCAUCGCUGUCAUGUAUGUCCAAGUAUUCAGCGGGCAGCAUCUUUUACUACCCCUCCUUCCAUUACAUCCACAACCCAGCUCAGCUGGAGAAGUUCCAGAGAGAUCUGGAGCGCUACCUUACCAGGAAGAUCGGGUUUGAGGCGGUCAUGAGAAUACGAUGCACUAAAGGUUUAUCCAUCCAUACGUUCCACGGUAACUUCUUUGUUCGCUCCACCGACCUGCUGUCCCUGGCCAAUGUGAACCCAGACUCGGCCUUCGCUGUCCAGAUGUCAAUCGAAGACUCUCUUGCAGACUCAUCUUUGGCCUGCUUCCAGGCUGCUCUGCUCUACACGUCCAGUAAAGGAAAGAGAAGAAUCCGGGUCCACACCCUGUGUCUGCCUGUGGUCAACCAGCUGAGUGAUGUGUAUGCUGGAGCUGAUGUUCAGGCCAUCACUUGUCUGCUGGCCAACAUGGCUAUCGACCGGUCGAUAUCGUCCAGUCUGUCGGAUGCCCGUGACGCCCUGGUGAAUGCUGUGGUAGAUUUGGUGAGCGCCUACAAGAGCAACGUGUCGAACCUGCCGCACUCGGGCGUGGUCGUCCCCGCCGCCUUGCGCCUCUUCCCUGUUUACAUCCUCGCCCUGCUGAAACAGAAAGCCUUGCGGACGGGCACCAGCACGCGGCUGGACGAGCGGGUCUUCGCCAUGUGCGAGUUCAAGACGCAGCCGCUGCAGCAGCUAAUGCGAAUGGUUCAUCCUGACUUGUACCGGCUGGACAACAUGUCUGACAAGGGGUCGCUGCAUCUGAACGACACGGUGGUUCCCCAGCCUCAUCUGCUUCACCUGUCUGCUGAGGGGCUGAGCAGAGAUGGAGCUUUCCUCAUGGACUGUGGCCAUGUGUUUUAUCUGUGGAUCGGCAAAUGCUGCAACGAGAUGUUCAUCCGAGAUGUUCUGGGCUGCCCCAGCUAUGCUUCAAUACCCCCCAACAUGAGUCACAUUCCAGAGCUGGAGACUCCUCUGUCUGAGAGAGUGCGAGCGUUCCUCGACUGGCUGCAGGACAACAGAGCGUUCAGCUCCACGAUGCACGUGGUCAAGGACGACGCUUCGGCUAAAGCAACUUUCUUCCAGCAGCUGGUGGAGGAUCAGUCCGAGUCGGCCUCUUCCUACUAUGAAUUCCUGCAGAACAUUCAGCAGCAAACAUCCAAAUAGGCUCCCAUCGCACAGAGAAGAACCUCAGCCACUAGAAUCCUCAAACCAGAGUGAGAAGAAGGAUUUACGGCCUCGUAGAGUGAAAACUAGCGUUAGCCAAUGAUGGACACCAGUCGCUCCUUCAGACCAGUUUUAGCGAGGUGGGUUAACUCCUGUUCCUCCAAAAGAGUCUUAUUAAACAGUUCCACCCUCGAAGCUCAUUGGUCAGCCAGGAUUUGACCAUCAGAAGGUGAGGAGGGGGACAGUUUUAGGAAAGAAUUAUAGUACAAAAAUGGAUAAAUGAACCACUGGUUAAAAUGAAUUGCUGAAAACGCUCCUCCAGCGUCUCCUUGCUGCCUCUUAACCACAGUCAAACCUCCAUUUAGUCUGUCGUCAAGUCCAUUGCUGUUGGGAAAAGAAGAGGAACGAAUAGCCAAGAAGAUGCCACUUCAACACGUUUGAGUUUGUUUUGUUUUUCGUGAGCCUCACAUGUAGCUAGUGCUGUUUUCUUUGUUUGAUUUUAUAAUUUAUUCCCCUCCUCAGUCCUGCAGCUUUAUUUUAAGACUGUUUUGAAUACACUGGAGAACAGAAACAGACAUUCCUUCUCUUCUUUUUCGGCAUGCACUCCGAAAACCGAAACGCAUGUCACCGUUUGAUCGUUUGCUGUUAGUCAGGGGACAGCUGUCAGUGUAACAGGAAUAUAAUUGGACAGCGGUUGGAUGUUGAAAACCCCCGUGUUGGCUCCUCUGCUGUGCCAGCUCCCUUUGUCGAGAUCAGACUCCACCGCAGUCAACAAUCUUUUCCUCAUUUGGUUUAUUUUUUUCCAGGCGCUAAAUGAAGUUGCUAUCCACUUUGUAACUAUUGAAAAUAAUCUUUUAUGUGCGAUAAUUUAUGAACCAGCUUAUUAAAUAAAAACCAAAACCAAA